UCACCACUGAACCAACUAACGAUUGGUAACCAUCAACACAGUUAGUCAACAAUAGAAUAAUGAUGGAGAAGUAAUAUUAAGCAACAAUUAACCACAAUAGCAACCUCCAAUUUAAUAUAAGACGUUAAACUCAAAUUUUACACACCAACGCAUUUAGUCCACAAUACGGCAAGAUUAACCGAUCUUUAACUUUCCUUGCUUUUAUAAAUGGCUAUAUAUAUGUAUAUAUAGAGGAAUGAUGGAGUCUGGAGAAGCAAUAUUAAGCAACAAUACAGCAAUUAACCACAAUAACAACAAUACACAUUAUGAGUACUGAAAAUUUAAUAGAUAGGAAACAUUAUGUUCUUGUACAUGGUGCAUGCCAUGGCGCUUGGUGUUGGUACAAGGUCAAACCACUCUUAGAAUCUGCUGGUCACCUUGUUACAGUACUUGACCUUGCAGCUUCUGGAACUAACUUGAAGAAAAUUGAAGAUGUUAAUACACUUUCAGAAUACUCUGAACCUUUGUUGCAGCUAUUGGCGACAAUUCCACCAAAUGAAAAGGUGAUUCUUGUUGGUCAUAGCCUUGGAGGACUUAACAUAGCUCUUGCAAUGGAAAAGUUUCCAGAAAAAGUAGCUGUUGGUGUUUUCUUAACAGCUUUUGCUCCUGACACUGAACACGCUGCAUCUUAUGUACUGGAAAAGCAAAUUGAAAGUUACCCGGCGGAUGCACGGUUAGACUCUGAAUACUUCCAGAGUGGAAACAAAACAGCAAUGUCAUUUGGUCCCAAAGUCUUGUCCAGUAAGCUCUAUCAACAAUCCUCCAUUGAGAAUGGGAUUUGGCAGGAUCUUGAAUUGGCCAAGAUUUUAUCGAGGCCAGGGUCCCUCUUUAUGGAAGACUUGACUCAGCAAAAGAACUUAUUCACUAAACAGGGUUAUGGGUCAGUUCCACUUGCUUUUAUUGUUUGCGAUGAUGACCUUGCAAUUACAUUGAAAUUUCAACACUGGAUGAUCCAAAAUGCUGGGAUUAAUGAUGUAUUCGAGAUCAAAGACACAGAUCAUAUGGCUAUGCUUUGCAAGCCACAAGAACUAUGUGAUUCUCUCAAUCAGAUAUCUAUUAAAUACGCAUGAAGUCAUGAAAUGGACUCUAGCUUUAUGUGUUCGAAUUGUAAUAGAAUAAUGCUAGCAAUACUUUCUACAUUACCAAAUCUGUAUGACCUACUAAAUAAUUUGGUGUGACUUAUAUGAAUUUUAACUAAUAAUAAAGAGUAUGUUGUUGCA